AUGUUAGUGUUAUUAUAGGUUGGUAGAGAGAUAAAGUGGUGAAAAAUUUUGUUGAGUCUCUGGUGUGGUGUGGAAGAAGGGGAAGAAAUGUGAUGAUAAGAGAGAAAGAAAUUAGAGAAAAUCAUAAAGAAUAAGAAAUGAACGAACUUCAAACAGAUUCCUCUGCCUCUUCGGAGUUCGCCGAAGUUGAUCCUACUGGCAGAUACGGCAGAUACAAUGAAAUCCUCGGCAAAGGAGCUUCAAAGACAGUAUAUAGAGCAUUUGAUGAGUAUCAAGGGAUUGAAGUUGCUUGGAACCAAGUCAAGUUGUAUGAUUUUCUGCAGAGCCCCGAAGAUCUCGAGAGGCUUUACUGUGAAAUUCAUCUUCUCAAGACGCUGAAGCACAAAAACAUAAUGAAGUUUUACACGUCUUGGGUGGAUACUGCUAAUAGGAAUAUCAACUUUGUGACUGAAAUGUUCACUUCUGGCACCCUUAGGCAGUAUAGACAAAAGCACAAAAGAGUUAACAUUAGGGCUGUGAAGCAUUGGUGUAGACAGAUCCUGAGAGGGCUUCACUAUCUUCAUAGCCAUGAUCCACCUGUGAUCCAUAGAGAUCUAAAAUGUGAUAAUAUUUUUGUCAAUGGAAACCAAGGGGAAGUUAAGAUUGGGGAUCUUGGGUUGGCAGCAAUUCUGCGCAAGUCUCAUGCUGCUCAUUGUGUAGGAACGCCUGAAUUCAUGGCACCAGAAGUUUAUGAAGAAUCCUAUAACGAAUUAGUGGACAUAUAUUCCUUUGGGAUGUGUGUGUUAGAAAUGGUUACAUUUGAAUAUCCUUAUAGUGAAUGUAAUCAUCCAGCGCAAAUCUACAAGAAAGUUAUUUCUGGGAAGAAACCAGAAGCCUUGUAUAAGGUGAAGGAUCCAGAAGUGCGUGAAUUUGUUGAGAAAUGUGUGGCAACAGUGUCCCUAAGGCUCUCUGCAAGGGAGCUUCUAGAUGAUCCUUUUCUUCAGAUUGAUGAUUAUGAGUAUGAUUUGGGACCUGUGGAGAGUGGAACAUUUGAUGGCAAGGGUUCUCUUAUCCAUCAGCCAUAUCUUAAUCUUCACCGGAGCUAUAGCAACAUGAGUACUGAACACUCAAAUUACUUUGAAUAUGAAGGAGACUGGAUUUCUCAUCCAGCUGAGAUUGAACCCAAUGGAAUUGAACUUUUCAAGUGCCAUGAUGAUGAUGAAGCCUCCGAAGAAGAUGUUGACAUAAGCAUCAAGGGAAAGAAGAAAGAUGAUGGUGGAAUUUUCUUGAGACUAAGAAUUGCAGACAAAGAAGGACAUAUUCGAAAUAUUUAUUUCCCAUUUGACAUAGAGAUGGACACAGCAUUGAGUGUAGCAACUGAAAUGGUAGCAGAACUUGACAUCACUGAUCAGGAUGUUACCAGCAUAGCUGAUAUGAUAGAUGGGGAAAUUGCUUCCUUGGUACCUGAAUGGAAGCCAGGACCAGGAAUUGAAGAAACUAACCAUUUUGUAAACAAUUUCUUUUGUAACAAUUGUGUGUCUGAUGAUACUUCUGGUGGGAAUAUUAUGGAUUCUCAUUCACAUAAUCAAGUUGGAAAGAACUCUCAGUUUCCUCAAUGCUGUAGGCAUGGAUGUACUUCGAUGCAUGGCCGGUUCGAGGAGAUAACCUUCCCAUCUGAGUAUGACAAUCAUGUUAGAGGGGAUACAGUCACGCCUAUCGAAUCGAACCGACUGGAGUGCCAGCAGUAUCAGGAGCUAUGGAAUCAUCAAGAAAGUUGUGAACUGAGUUCAGUAGAGUCUGAUCAAAGCCAUUCUGAUGAGCAAUAUGAACAGUUAGAUAAAUCAGUAUUAGCAGAAGACAAAGGAAAGGGUGUUUUGGGAAACAAGUUUGCACAUGAUCCAGGAAACCCUCCACGAAGUUUAUCUGGGAAUUAUUUGUCUGCUAUCAGUUUGUUAUGUCCUGGCUCAGGGAGUGAAUAUGAGAAAGAGGUUCAACAAGAACUUAGAUGGCUCAAAGCAAAACACCAAAUGGAGUCAAGGGAUCUCAGGGAUAAAAGUUUUGGUGCAGCAGCCAAAUCUUCUUCACAUUCUAGGAACAAAGUCCACAAAACAGAACAAGGCAUUGUGGUACCAUUGACAGAAACAUUAAAUGGAGUGAAAAAUGGGAUUCACUUGAAACCCUUGUGUAAUUUCUGGGAUUAUGAUUCCAGUUACCGUUCUCUAAUCCAAAAGAGCCACUCCAAUUUGGACAUGCAAAGUCUAAAAAAUUGUGAGGUGAUGUGUUCUCACAAAGAAGGUAUUAUGGCUACUGCUAAGAGUUUUUACACAGGGUCACUUCGAGACACUCCAUACAGAACAGUUUCCCUUCCCGUUGAUGCUGUGGAUAUAUAAAAUUUUAUGACACAAUCCUUGAAUUCUUUUGUGCAUUAUGUACAUAUACAAUUCUAGAGGCUAUAUGAUGGCAACACCCCCACUUUUUUCUUGGAA